CAGCAUGGAAGCUUUGUCGAUUAUUCUUUACCAAUCAAUCUAUCUAAGAAGAAGACGUGAAGGUCGAAGUAUAUGCAUCGGUUAAUACUUGUUCCGGCCCGCUACUGUAAGUACUGUACGUUAAUGUCGCCUAUCAACACGGUGAAGCUGAUGAACUUUCAAACUUACUUCCACCUUAAGCAGGAGCUCCUAUUUGUCUUGUAAUGGGCUCAGACUAUCGUCGACAGAAUGUCACUAGGGUCUAUUCCAGCUCUCCCUUGGUUUCGCGAUGAGCAUGAACUGCCGCGCCGGCUUCCAACGAUAGAGGAGAUCGAAGCAGCUUCCACAGAAUUUCCCUGCAUAUUCGAUUCAAGUUCUCGACGGGUUAUCCGUAUCGACGAAGUUUUCGUUGUCAAAUAUGGACCUGCAGUCUUUGAGAAUGAAGGUCACGCAUUGCUAGCUAUAGAGAAGACACAGAGCAUCCCUGCUCCUCGUCUCUAUGCCAUGUAUCGACAAGAUGAGAAGCUGUAUAUCAUCAUGGAGUACAUACCCGGUCACCGUCUUAGUGACAUAUGGCCAUCGUUGUCGGAAACUGGAAAAUUAACCAUCGCGAACCACCUGCGCGAGAUAUUCGACAAGUUACGGGCUCUCCCGUCGCCUGGGACUUUCGGCGGUGUUCUGGGGGGGCCACUUCCGCACCGCUACUUUUUCUCCUACGAGAAAGACCCCUAUAUUACCGGACCCUUCAACACAGAGGAUGAUGUCUAUCGCGCUCUUGUCUUUAAAUCUAAGAAGAAUUGGGAUAUGUGUGCGCGACGGGCUUACGUGGCAGAGCUCUUCGAUCGCCACCGGCAGGAUAUGUUGAGCGGUCAUAAUAGCGUAUUCACGCACGCAGAUUUUCAGCGGAAAAACAUCCUUGUUCGAGAGCGGUACGAUUCGUCCAGCAGCAUCGAUGGCAGCGAUUCGAAGAGAUCGUUCGAAGUCGCUGCUGUUCUAGAUUGGGAAUUUGCAGGCUGGUAUCCCAGCCAUUGGGAAUACUCGCGAUGUUUCACUUAUUUUGACUGGUCAGAUGAUUGGCUUGAGAAAAUGGAAAGAAUCCUUAAUCCAUGUGUACCCCAGGCUGCACUGAUGAGGUUAGUAGGACAGGAUCUAAACCAAUUUUAGCGUUGCGGAAUUAGCUAUCCACUCCAGAUAGAAUAAAAUAAACAUCAAAAUAAACCAGGAGAUGAUAAGAAGAAAACCUAGUACCGCUGGGUAUCCAAGAAUGUUCAAUUCCCAUACAACAGAGUGCAAUACAGCUUCGUUCCGUUUAUUGGGGAUGGGAUAAGGUGGACCGUUCUG